AUGUCUUACAACCGAGUGCUCCCCAACCCGGUUGCUUUGCACCAUGUCUCUUCUCAAGUCUCGCUGCCCAGAUCCAGCAAUCUCAUUGAGCACAAGAUCAUGAACGACUUGCCCAUGUCCCAUGGAGCCUUGCCGCUCCGUCCAGAUCCCCUGGGUGCCGCCUGCAGAUAUCCCGAGGCUCGACACCCAUCCACUGGCCCCACGAAUCAAGAUAUGACCACCUUGGACCGUGCCAAACCCGAACUCAAUCCGCAGAUGGGAAGACCUACGGGGCCUUUGCUCACCACGAAUGAUCUCGCUCUUCGAGACAGCUCAUCGUCUUCUUCUCGAGGUUCCAGUCCAAGAAUGUCCAAGGAGAUCAGUUGGUGUCUCUGCAAGCCGGAUCCGAAAAUUCCCCGGCCGCGUAACUCUUUUAUUCUCUACCGUCAACAUUAUCAGGCAGCCGUGGUGCAUCAGAACCCAGGUCUGUCAAAUCCAGAUAUCUCCAAGAUCAUUGGAAGACAGUGGAAAGCUCUGUCGGAUGAGGAACGGGAAAAGUGGAAUUCUCUUGCAAGGGAGGAGAAAGACCGCCAUCAACAGCAAUAUCCCGACUACCGCUAUCAACCUAAGCGGUCUGGUCGAGAUGGCAGCGCCCGUGGCUCAGUUUCCGGCAUCAGUCACAACCCUUCGGGACAGUCGACAUGUAACCGAUGUGGUGGACGUAUUAUGAAUGCUCCUUCUUCCCCAAUGACACCAUUCACUCCUACCGACACGCCAAUCAGCCGAUCAAGUCUCUCAGCAGGCUCAUGCCCGAUCACGGUUAUGUCAAGAAGAUCGUCCUGUCGAGCAGAUACGAAACCGCAGCCUAAACCAGUGAGAGUUGACCAGCUGGAGUCUCGAGCCCGCCGCUUCCCCGAGGAAGAUCAUGCUCCAGAUGUCAAGCGUCGCCGUGUCUCCCACCAACCCCAGUAUGCUCAUCGGGACAGAAGCCCUGAGAUCACAUACCCGAUGUCUCCAUACACCCGAUCAGAGCUCCAACACCCAAGUCCACUCCCCAUGAUCCACACCCAGAGAUUCGGCAGCAUCCCCAGCUCUCCACACCCGGACCUCAGCCUGAAGCUUCCCCCGCUGAAAACCACGACACCCAUGACCCCCCUGACACCAUUCUCUCAAGAUGGCUCCGUCGAAGCAACAGUCAUGACAAUCCCCUUCCUCAACAAGAUCAAGGUCCUCGCCAAAAUCUCACCCCCCUCCUCCCUUCCUUCCGCGACUCAAUCUCAACCACCAUCUACAGAGGCCCCCCAAGACCCCCAGCUCGUCCAAAUAGCAGUCGACUUCCUCGAUCGCCUCCUACAAAAAGAAUCAAAAUACUCCGUCCGCAUAUUCCCGGGCCCCGAAGCUCCAGAUCCCUCUCAAAUAGGCGACGCCGGAAUGAACGACUACAUCGACAAAAUCUCCGCCUGGCACCGCAUCUCAGACGAAGUCAACACAUUCAUCAAAUCCGACUCUACCCGCUCCUCCCCAGACGCGGAUUCCGCUUCAGCUUCAAGCCUCUCGCCAAAAACAGUCUUUCCAAAAACUGCGACUCUCCAGGUAAACUCCCCGCCAGACUCUUCAGAAGCCUCAGAAGCAAGUCCCUCUCAACAACCUCAACCUGUACCUCAAUCCCCUAUUCCAGUCGCACUAGUCCCACGGUACCAACUCACGACCGCAGAUGCCUUUGCAUGCUCCAUCCCUAUCCAAGACUCAUAUACACCACUAGACCAUUGGCAGUGGAUGGCUUCUCUAUGGCGAGGCUGCACCGGGCCUGAUAUUACCGUCUACAUUCGCGAAUGCACGAAAGAUGAACUCGAUCGUGCGGGCGGGAGUCCAGUUGAGGUCAGAUUGCAGGAUGCCAGGACUGUUAUUUUGAGGAAGGUUGCUGGCACGUCGAGGGAGUUGGAGGAGAAGGCCCUGAAGAGAGUUGGGUUUGAGAUUGAGGAUUUCUUGACGGGUUGA